GGCCGGGACUUCCGGCGUAGCGUAGACGCUGCCCGAAAGCUGCUGGUAGGAGUUGCCUGUGGGCCGAUGUCGGCGCUGCGGCAUGUCGUGUGCGCCCUGUCUGGUGGCGUGGACAGCGCGGUGGCUGCGCUUCUGUUGCGGCGAAGAGGUUACCAGGUGACGGGGGUAUUUAUGAAGAACUGGGACUCUCUGGAUGAACAUGGUGUCUGUGCUGCUGACAAGGACUGUGAAGAUGCUUAUAAAGUCUGUCGGAUCUUAGACAUCCCUUUCCAUCAGGUGUCCUACGUGAAGGAGUACUGGAAUGAGGUGUUCAGUGACUUUUUGAAUGAGUAUGAGAAAGGGCGGACUCCCAACCCUGACAUCAUCUGCAAUAAGCACAUCAAGUUCAGUUGCUUUUAUCAUUAUGCUGUGGACAAUCUUGGAGCAGAUGCCGUUGCCACUGGCCACUAUGCAAGGACCUCGCUAGAGGAUGAAGAGGUCUUUGAGCAGAAGCACACUAAGAGACCAGAUGGGCUAUUCAGAAAUCGAUUUGAAGUCAGAAAUCCCGUAAAACUUCUCCAAGCAGCUGACAGCUUUAAAGACCAGACCUUCUUUCUCAGCCAGGUUUCCCAGGAUGCCCUGAGAAGAACCAUCUUCCCCCUGGGGGAAUUAACAAAAGAGUUUGUAAAGAAAAUAGCUGCAGAGAAUAGACUCCAUCAUGUGCUUCAGAAGAAAGAGAGCAUGGGCAUCUGCUUCAUUGGUAAAAGAAACUUCGAGCAUUUCAUUCUUCAGUAUUUGCAGCCUCGGCCUGGAAAGUUUAUUUCUAUCGAGGAUAAUACGGUUCUGGGAACACAUAAAGGUUGGUUCCUGUAUACUUUGGGCCAGAGAGCUAAGAUCAGUGGCUUGAGAGAGCCCUGGUAUGUGGUGGAGAAGGAUGGCACCAAGGGUGAUGUGCUUGUGGCUCCCCAGGUAGACCACCCAGCUCUGUACAGGGACCUGCUCAGGACCAACCGUGUACACUGGAUUGCCGAGGAACCACCUGCUGCCUUAGUCAGAGACAAGAUGAUGGAGUGCCAUUUCCGAUUCCGCCACCAGAUGGCACUAGUGCCCUGUGUGCUGACACUCAACCAGGAUGGCACCGUGUGGGUGACAGCUGUGAAGGCUGUGCGGGGCCUUGCCUUGGGACAGUUUGCUGUGUUCUACAAGGGUGAUGAAUGUCUUGGCAGUGGGAAAAUCCUACGAUUAGGGCCGUCUGCCUAUACACUCCAGAAGGGCAAGAACAGAAGCAAAGUGGCUCCCGAGGUCUCCAGUGACAGCUCAGGCCUGCACCCCACACCCUGACAAAGGCCAAGCCUCUGGGAAGAAGUGCUAGAGCAGUCUGGGGGCAGGCUGGUCAGUGAUGGGCUUGGUGCUGCCGGAAUCAGUAAGUGCUGGUUGGCUGCAGAGCCAGGGCCGCGUGAGGAAGGAGCAAUGCGUCUCUGCACUGGUGCUGCAGUACACCAGAAGCAGUUGCUGGCUGGUCAGCCUCCAGGGCCCUGAUGGAGCUGCUCUUCCACAGUGCUGUGCACCGAGGCUGCACAGGAACAGCAUUAAAUAAAACCAUCUGCCAAAUAGUCUGACCACUGUGUCUGGGACCGGCUGGAGGCCUGAGUGAGCUGCUAUGGCUGUGCUCCUUCCACUGGGCCUCAGCUGUAGCCCUUUCCCCCUCCCUAGGGCCUGAUUUCUCUCCAAAAGGAAGGCAGUUAUCUGUAUUAGGCCAUUCCUUGUCUGGAAGUCUGAUAUGUGUGAGAUAACCCUUUCCCUGCAGUGCCCACACCAAGUGGAAGCCAGUGUUUUCCUGUCAGCUUGGCACUGUAUUGAAGUGUACAUUGUGUCACUCCAGAAGGGCUCAGGCGUGUAAGGAAAACACAUCGGAAGAUGACCUUUAGUGGGGAGGUGUGCAUGCAGGUAGAGACCCAGGGAAAGGGCACCCACUACUCUGCUCCCAUUUUUCCCAAGGGUAGCACCACUGGGCAGAUGUGUGAGACAAUACAGAGGUUAAAAAGUCUGGAAACUCACCGUUUUGGACAGGAAUCAAAUAGAUGCGGGCUGGAAGCAGCACUGCUAGGAAAUAGUGCUAGCCAGGUCGCUGCUACGUUAGGAUGAGGGUUUUAACCAGGCCCAGACUCUAAAGAAUUCAAGAUGCCAUUGGAGUUCUUAAAGCCAAGAGAAAGAUGAUGGAUGGAACCCUGAGGUCAUUGAUCUGUACAGCACCAGGGAGAGUAGAGCACCGAUCCGCAGUUCCUAGCAGAUGACGGUGAAUGCAGAGCAGUAGACACAGCGAGGAACCAGAACACUUGAAAUGUGAGCAGCAGUGUAGUCUCCGAGAGGAUGAGCGAGCAUCAUGACUAUUGCUAGUGCUCAGAUCUGCAGAACAAGAGAGGUAGCAGCACCACAGGGUCUAAUAGGCCCUUGUAGUGGUCCCAGAUUUGGAGACUGCCACAAGAUGGCGCUGUGGUUUAAAGUGCUUGCUGUGCAAUCAGGAGGCCCUGAGCUUGGACUCAGUACCACAUAAGCUGCUUGGCCUGCACAUACCUGUGACCCCAUCUCCGGAAGGAGUAGAGACAGGACUAGUGGGGGUUUGCUGGCUUCCAGUUUAGCUGAAAAAAAAAAAAAAAGCCCACAAACCCCAGGUUCAGGGAGAGACCCUGCCUCAUAGGUGGGAAGUGAUAGAAGACACCAGAUGCCCUUUUCUGGUCUCUGUCCCCUAGCUGGAAAGAUGAUGGCUCUGGUUAAGAAUACUGGCAGAGACAUCUAUGCACACUUUACAGAUCCUUAAGUUCUCAAAUUUGAUAAAAGACACAGAGGCUGAAGAAUUGGAAAACUUGGGCAAGUCCAUCCAUGUCGUGGCAGACCUGCACGUGAAUAGAAAAUUAUGACAAUACCUGUCUGCCACCUGCACCCCAUGAGAGCCUGAGGCCGUCUUCAGUAGUCCCUUCCAUGCCACCUUAGGGAACGGAAAACACCCAGCACAGCAUAGGUACA